AUGACUCCUGUUCCGAGAGAUAUCAUAGACUUAAUUAAGUUAAGACUGGGUGUAUCGGUAUCUUACUCCACCGCCUUGAGAGGGAAAAAUCUAGCUAUGCGUGAGUUGCGUGGUAAUUCAGAAGACAACUACAAGAUGUUGCCUAGCUACUUGUACAUGUUAGAGCAGGCUAAUUCCGGAACAACAACAGAGGUGAAGUUGGAUGAGACGGCCAUGAGGAAAGUGAUUCUUGUGGAUGCUACAUUUUUGAAAAACGGAUAUGGUGGGGUACUAGUAUUUUCUAAAGCUCAAGAUCCUAAUCGUCACCAUUAUCCCCUCGCGUUUGCGGUACUUGACGGUGAGAAUAAUGCUAGUUGGACUUGGUUUUUCGAGAUGCUCAAAACUGUUAUACCGGACUCUUCUGAAAUAGUUUUUAUGAGCGAUAGAAAUCAGAGCCUCAUCACUGCUGUAGCUAAUGUGUAUCCACAAUCUCACCAUGGCCAUUGUAUAUGGCAUCUAGCUCAGAAUGUGAGAAACCAUGCUUGUAAAACCAUCAAAGCCGUAAUGCCAUGGAGAUUUAUGGAGUUGGCUAGGUAUUACACAGUGUCUGAGUUCGAGGCUGCUUAUGCAUCUUUUAAGGUGAGAUAUCCUUCAGCCUGCAAGUAUUUGGAGGAGAACACUAACAGAGCAACAUGGGCUAGGGUCUACUUUCCAGGUUGUAGAUACAACUUGGACACUAGCAACAGUGUGGAGUCGAUGAAUAGCGCGUUUAGGGACGCAAGGAGGUAUGCCUUGAUACCAUUGUUGGAUACAAUCAUCAAAAAAAUAUCUGACUGGUUUAAUGAACAUCGGAAGGACGCCGUGUCUGGAUCACUUGAUACCAAACUGGUUCCUCUGGUUGAGAUCCAUUUGCACAACUUAUGGGCCAAAGCUGAGAAAACGCCAGUGCGUGAGCUGAAUAGUUAUGAUCUUGAGUACGAGGUUACCGACACUGACAAUGGGAAGGUUUAUUUGGUGAAUUUGAUAGCGAAGUCAUGUAGCUGCAAGGUAUUUGAUUAUGAAAAGUAUCCUUGUCUUCACGGACUUGCUGCUUACUUAUAUUUCCUUGAGGUUCCUGGUGCUAAUGGUCGUCGACAUGAGGUCAACAUAAAGUAUCAUCAGUUUUGCUCAAAGUAUUACUGGACAGAACUUUGGGCAAUGGCUUAUUACAGGACCAUUUAUUCUGUGCCGGACAAGUCUGAAUGGAUUGUACCAGAUCACAUCAAAGAGCUCCAGAUCAUACCUCCGAAAAAGCUGACAAGGAAGGGAAGGAAAAAGGUUAAUAGGAAUCCAUCAGUUGGAGAACGGCGUAAAAGGACACAAAACGAGAAAAAUGGAUGCAACUACUUCAAAUGGUUUGAUGUAGAGGAUGGUACAGAAUGGCAAAAAAUGGCUUUGAUUGAAGCCCGGGAUGAGAUCCAAGAGAAGAGUAGGGUGAUCGAGCAGUUAAACCAAACCAUUGCAGAACUCACAAUUAAUUUGGAGAGGAUCCAACAAGAAGAGGAAAUUGUUAGAGACUUUCAAAAUCUCUAUGUUUAA